AUGUCGGCGCCCUCCCGAGAAGUGCCCAAGUUCUCGAGCUUCCGUGCAAAGAAACCCACCCCACAGGAACAGCCGUCAUCACAUCCCACAACUCUCAAGCGCCGACUGAGAUUUGAACAUGACCAUGGCCCUGUAAAAUCUCACAGGAGUACUGAGGGCCAAGAGACUUCUUCUCGUCGGCACCACAUUUCAGACGAGCAUCGAGUGAAAACAUCUGACACUCCUCACCGUGACCGAAACUCACGUGAGCGUUACGAACACCAUAGAUCCAUCAUCAACAACCCGUCACAAAUUCAUCACGAUGGGAAUCCUGAUCUCUUCGUCGUUGACCGCAAGGGCGACCAACAAAACGUUACCUAUGACAGACUGCACAAAUACAGCAUCCCGACAUAUCAUCGAGUCGGUCACGGAAGUAUUCUGGGUCUGCAUUCCAGAUUGAAGAUAGAUCGCGCAGAAAGCACUCUUGAUAAAAUCCUGAUUACUGACAAGUCUGCGAUUUCCAAGCAGAAUCCUCAGAGGUUGCUUCUAAAGCGUCAGAGGAAUCAAGAAUUUCCUGCUUUGCCUGUGCGUAAUGAACAUGAGCUAGAUCUGGCUCAGGAUUUCGUGGGUUUGUCACCUUCUGCUGGUGACCAUGAUAUCGAAUCCGUUGACGACAGCUUCGACUCAUUCAGGCAUCUCGCCCAACCAGUAGAUGCAAAUUCGCACCACUCUCGAGAGCAGGGAAUCCUGGACGCGGCAUCAACUGCUGACCUGCAGGUCCGCCAACAGAACGUUCAAUUCGUGCGAGCCACCAAAUCGAAUCCUUCUAACCUUCAAGCCUGGCUUGAUCUAGCUAAUCACCAGGAACACCUUGUCAGCCCUGGUGCCGAUGCUCAAUCCCUGAGCAACGUUGAAAGGCAGACUCUGGCAGACAUGCGCAUAGCUGUUUACGAGAAGGCUCUCAAACACGUUCCUAUCAGCGAAGCAGCAAAACGUGAGCGUUUGAUAUUGGAACUGUUACACGAGGCAUCUGUUGCCUGGGACGCGCAGAAGUACAUACACAAGCUCCAGGGCAUUCUCCAACAACAUUCCGAAAGCUUUCCUAUCUGGUCUCUGUACUUAGAUGCUUGCCAGACUAAUCCCAUCGACUUCCGUUUCGAAGAUGUCAAGACCUUCUUCAUGCGUAGCAUUCGCACGCUUGGUUUGACUGCUAACCCAGACCAUGAGCCUGGUUCACGAAGGAUGCUUCUCUACUUGAUCUUGCGCUACACUGUCUUCUUGCUAGAUACCGGUUAUGAUGAGCUGUCUAUAGCCAUCUGGCAAGCUCUCUCCGAAUACCACUUAUUCAAACCAGAGCACCUUGCCUCUCGGGAAAGCAGUCAUGUGCUUGCCGCUUUUGAACAAUUUUGGGAAAACGAAAGUCCGAGGUUUGGUGAAAUUGGAGCACGAGGAUGGCGAGCCCAUUUUCAGAAUGACGAUAUCACGUCAAAUCCUCAUGAACCACCUCCCAGGAAUCAAAUGAGUUCGAAACUACCUUUCAAGUCCUUCUCUGCCGUAGAAACAACUAUGAGCAAGCUUUUCCGAUUUCCUGGGAGAACUAUGGACGAUGUCGGUGCUGAUGAUCCCUUCCAUGUCGUGUUGUUUUCCGACAUUCGUGAUGUCCUCGAGGCCACGGCGGCUGGCCUUGACCACUACGACCUGCUCGAUGCUAUACUAUGUUACCUAGGUCUCCCUAGUGUGGGCUUGAGAAGAACUACUGGGAACGACGCUCGAGACGCUCGACCACAACCUGAGUGGCGAUCAGACGUCUUUCUCCGGCAUGGGCUGCUGCAAUCCGGUUUCAUCAUCGAUGGUGACAGCGGAUUGAUACGACAGCACAUCUCAUGUUAUCAAGUCUCAACAGAACUGUUAUUUUCCCACAUGUUCAAAGAGUUUUCGGUACCAGCGUCUGGAGAUAAUGUUCACAACGGAAGAUCGACGCAGGCUGCUACGGAUUUUGCUCGAAGGAUACUAUCAAGCAUGGUGAAUUACUUUCCCAACGACGACGAUCUGGCAGAGUACUAUCUAGGUUUCGAGCUUUCGUGUUUUCCUAAGGAGGCUUCNAAAACUGCCAAGCAACUCUUGAGGCAACGACCGUCGAGUCUCCGACUCUACAACGCAUGUGCCACAAUCGAAGCGAAGCUGGCAAGGUUCGAGAAAGCUGCCCGAAUCUGGUCUGGCGCGGUCAAGAUGAAGGACAGUUUCUCACAAGUAGCACAAGAAGAGCUUGUUCUGCUCUGGCGCGGAUGGAUAUGGUGUGAUCUAGAAGCCGACCAAGCACAAACAGCACUGUCACGUCUUGCGUCUUUCGGGAGCGGCGUGGAUCUGGAUAUAAGCAAAUUGGUUCCGAUGACGACUGCGACUUUGUUGAGGCUACGCAAUGCCUUCAAAGAUGGAUUUGAACAUUCACUCGGCCAAGCCCAUCCACGCCUCGCUGCAUUAAACGUCGAAAUGCUGGCGCUUGUUGCAUAUUUGACCGAGCCAGAUGCACUGCAGGCAUCUGUUCGUGCAGUGAAUGAGCAAUGCAAUGCAGCGAAACAGAAAUUCACAAAUCAGAAUGUGCUCGUUGAGAUGUUGCACCAAGUCAAGGCUGGCAUCAUCGCUUAUCAUGUUCGUCAAAAACGACCUUACAGACCUGCGUUUGUACGCUUCGAGCUCGAGGCAAGUAUUGUAAACUUUCCAGACAACACCAUAUUCCUCGAGAUGUAUCGGGAUAAUGAAGCGCGUUUCCGGCUUGAUGAUCGGGUAAGAUCAAUACUCAAAACUCAAGUGCUCACUCGCGGUCAAUCACCCCUUGUGACGUGGACAUUCGCAAUUAACCAAGAAACACUUCGGUACAAGAGUCAGUCCUCUGGCUCGACAGCGGAAUCAGUAAGGUCCACAUUCAAACGAGCAUUGUUGACAGCCGCGAGCCCGGUCAGGUAUUCACAAAUGCUCUGGGCAAUGUGGUUCCACUUCGAGAAGCACAUAGCCACGGAAGAAACAGCAGAGAAGUCUGUGACAGGCAAAAGAAGUCUCAUCGAACAAAAUACCUACGAGAAGUUGAAGGAAGUCUUUCUCUCUGGUUUGCAUCAUCUUCCCUGGUCAAAAGACUGGAUCUUGCUGGGUCUGGAGACGUUUGAUAGAGACGACGGGAGGGGUUGGAGUACCCCGGAAUUGAAGAACUUGUGCAAUGUGCUCAUCGAGAGAGAGCUUCGUAUAAGAGUGGACGACAUCGAACAUUAUCUGGGCGUCAAAACAGAUGAUCGCUAG